AUGCGGUCGGCAACAACCUCGACGCUGUUUAGAGGAGCCCAGCGAACGAGAGGCACGCCGCUGCUCUCGCCCGGUGCCCUAAGGACGAGCGGGUACCGAGAAAGAGGAGUGCACCUGAUGAUGGCGGCGGAGCCCUCGGAGGAUUCGGUAGCAGAGGCUGCUGCUGCUGCUGCUGCCGCCGCCGAGGAGCCGUCCAUUUCCGAGGGAGAGGAGGCGGUUGAGGACGAGGCGUCGGGGGGUGGAGACGUAGAGACGGAGGUGGUGGCGGAGGAGGGAGAGGGGAAAGAAGGGGAGAAGAAGGACGAGGAAGAGGAGGAGGAGGUUGACCCCAUGGCAGAAGUCAAGCAGCAAAUCAAGGAUCUCGAGAAGGAGCUGAUGAAGGAGGAGAACCGCCUCAGGGACGUCCAAGACUCGGUGCAGGAGAAGGGGCAGAUGGGGUUCCUGAGAAUGGCGGCCCAGGUGGACAACUUCCGCAAGUCGAGCGGGGCGGGGACGGGAGAUUACGAGGCGGACGCGAAGGCCGCCGUGCUGAGGGCGAUGCUGCCGGCGUUCGAGCCGUUUGAGGCCGCUGAGGAGGCGCUAAACCUCGCGACGGAGACCGAGGUGAAGUACAACAAGAGCUACCAGGCGUUGUACCGGCAACUCAAGGACGUCUUCACCAAGAUCGGCGCGACCGACUUCUUCGGCGUGGUGGGGGAGAAGUUCGUCUACACGCGACACGAAAAGGCGUCAGAGGAGCACAACCCCGUGAUGAAGGAGGGGUUGAUCAUCAAGUGCGUCUCGCCGGGGCUCGAGCUCAAGAAGAACGUCAUCCGGAAAGCGGUGUGCGUCGUCUCCCUGGGGCCCGAAAAGGAGGAGCCCGAGGAGGAGACGGCUCCGGCAGCGGCGGCGGCGGUGGCGGCAGAGGGGGAGGCGGCGGCCGAGGCCGAAGAGCCCCCCCCGAUGCGCGACGCCGGCGUCGACGCUGCCGCCCCCGAGGGGGAGCAGCCGGAGGGAGAGCAGGCGGCCGCAUGAGCAUAGUAGGGAUAUUGUGGUCGCGAUUUCGUUGGUAUGACCGUGUGCGGCAUUUCGCGUGUCUAGAGUGGAUGGAGGUCGGCGAUUUCGUUCGCUAUGAUCCUGUACGGGGUUUCACGUGGUUAGAGUGGAGGUCCGGGGGGGGCGGGGGGGUAGACACGCGCGUGGGAAGAGGAUGAGGUCGGUCAACUUCUGUGAUUUAGUAGCCAUAUCUGUUUUCACUUUGGGGGCCCUCUGCCUGGUGCGUGCCACGAAGGAGCGGCGCGGGGGGUACACGGCAGUUUUUUUUUUUCAAUCGUUUCGUUUUUACUUUCGUGGCCUGUGUUUUCAUACGCGGCAUGCAGAGAGAGUUCUACGACCCGAAACUGCUCUGUGUCCAUCCGAUAGCCUUUUUUGAUUUUUGCAAGCAUGUGUGCAGGCACACGGUCCUUGCAGCUUGUGGUUCCCGUGGCUGACAUUACACGGGAAAAAUACAUCCGCUAGAGUGUUUUUCCCUCUGGAUCCUCGCGGGCCGGGCCGCCGUAGGACAAACCUCUAUCUAAUGUCAGGAUUAUGUUGCGG